CACCUCCAAACGGCUCGAUCAUCUGCGUUGCCGAAUUAGUUACUGUCACUAAACGGGAUUUUUUUACCCUAAAUCUGUGGCUCUCAUUACCAGCUAGCCCGGUACCCCGUUAAAGUAAGCGUUCUAUCCCACUCGCUGGGGUCGUACUAUAUUCUCUGAUCUCUCCUUUCAUUGAUACACUUCUCUCUAUUGACCGAUCACCGAUCGCUUGUUAUCUUCUAGAUAUGAAGACUGGUAGCAGGAGCAGAGGGGCUACGAGAAAGGAAACUAAAGAAGCAUUGAAGCCUGCUGAAGAUAGGAGGGUAGGGAAGAGGAAGGCUGCCCCAAAGGUAGAUACACGGAAGGGUAAGAAGGAAAAGAAGGCCAUUAAAGAUCCAAACAAGCCCAAGAGGCCCCCAAGCGCCUUCUUUGUCUUCCUUGAGGAAUUCCGGAAGACCUUCAAAAAGGAAAAUCCAAAUGUCAAAGCCGUCUCAGCAGUUGGAAAAGCUGGUGGAGAGAGGUGGAAAUCCUUGUCUGAAGCUGAAAAAGCUCCGUAUGAAGCUAAAGCUGCAAAGAGGAAGGUUGAAUACGAGAAACUUAUGAAUGCUUACAACAAGAAGCAGGAGAGCUCUGCUGAUGAGGGUGAUGAAGGGUCCGAGAAGUCGGCAUCUGAAGUUCAUGAUGAUGAGGAGAGCGUACAGGAGGAGGAUGAAGAGGAGGACGACGAUGAAGAUGACGAUUGAAGAGUACCUCGUCAAAUGCUUGCUACGAUCUAUGCUGUGAGGAUCGUGGCCUAUGUAUGUUUAAGAAUGGUUGUACCCUACAUUUUGCUAUGUAAAAUGGGACAAACAUGAUGUGUAGUUUAUGUAUUGCAUAGCUCCUUAUCGAGCACUUUACCAUUGUUAAUGUCAAAUGCCCUAUGCUCUCGUCUCUCUCUGAAA